UCCACACGCAACGAUGCGUUACCAUUUUAAAUACACAUGUGUCAUUUCCAUGGUAACAACUUGCAGUUCGAUUAUAUAAACAGAAGAUUAAGAGCAUUAAGAGUCUUGAGUGUUUUGUAAAGGGCGAAUGAUCAGGGUAUUAUUGAUCACAAGUUCAAAAAAGGAAAUUCGAAAAACAAAGCUUUCUUUUGUCGACAAGUAUGUCAGUGGAAGGACAAUUUUUUCUCUCUGUUACCGGCUCUAUCGAGCAUGCAGAGUUUUACGAGGUCAAUAACAUUUAUUGCAAGUACUGCUUUCAUUUCGGACCUGACUGGAGCGUCGUUGCGGGAAUCGAAGAAGGAUUGACACAAAUGUGCAAAUGCAGCAACGAUUCUAGAAAUCUCGCCGUAUGGAACUUUCCAUUGGAGAUUACGUUCAAGAGUACAAAUCCACAUGGAUGGCCACAACUUAUCAUGUCAAUUUACGGCUUGGAUUUUUUCGGUCGCGACGUCAUCAGGGGAUACGGAGUGUGUCAUUUGCCUCUGAAAACUGGAUAUCAUGAGAAAAGAUAUUUGUUUCACAUCUUGCGAUCAAGACGAAUUAUAUCUGAUAAUGAAAGAUGUCACAGGGUGUCGAUAUACGUCCCGGAAUCGUCAUCCAUGUUGCAGCAUUUCAUGGAGUGGUUAACCGGCAGAAGACCGGAAUUAAUUGAUCCCACUAUACUUGCGUCCGGCGGCGGCAGAGAACUCACACGCAUGAGGGUCGAGGGAGUUGUUACCGUAAUGUUCAACGUCGUCUUGAAGGAUUUGUUCAAGCUGGGUUAUGACAACGGUGAAAAAUGGAAGAAAUGAUAAUGCCACAUAAACUCUCUCAAUCUGAAAAGGAUUACCUAGCCAAAACUAUCUUGUCAAAAAGUUACGAUAUAUAAUUUCAUUUUAUAAAUAAUAUUUUCUCGAAUAAACGAAACGUGAUUUUUCCGUAUAAUUUAUCGCUUCUAUUUUUCCUCAAUAUCAACGGCAAAAA